AUAUAGUUUUUACUUUUUACAACACAUGUAUAUGACGGUUUCAGAUACGGAUAAAGGAAACAAAUUCAACUCCGAGUCAUCAAUCAAGACUACGAUCUCUAACAAUAGAACUCGAGCAGACAAAACAAACUCUUACAAGAACACUACAACUUAACACCAUCAUGUCCAACAGAAUCAAAACUCUAACACAAGAACUCGAACUUGGGAGGAAGGAGAUACAACGGCUCAGCAGGACAAGGUCGAGUCGCUUAGACAAUCCGGAGAUUGAGGAACUCAAGUUCGUUGAACAGCAUCAAACGACGACGGCUAAAGAUGUUGAGGAAGAAAUUGUGACGACGGAGGAGUUGGAGAAGAGGAGACUCGUGACAUUCGCUAGCUCGCCUUUGCUGACACGUGUGAUGUCAAGCGUCGGGGACGAAGAGGAAAGGGAGAAGAAAGAGAAGGAUUUUGAGAGAGAUUAUUCCUUCAAGAAGACGAAAUCAAAGAAGGGUUUUGCUCCGUUUAUGGGAUGGUUUAGAGCAACCCGAGGAAGAGAUUGAUCUAUAUAUAUGUCCAAUAAUGAUAGGUCAUACUG